AUGUUUCUUCACUCUUUUCUGCUCUUCAUAUUUUUCUUCUUCUCCAUCCUGUUGUCUUCUCCUUUCUUCUCUUACUCUAAUGCCUCUUAUCAGUCUCUUUACCUGAGGAGUUGCCUCCCCCUCCAGUCAGUCUCUUUACCUCAGGGACCUCUUUCCUCUCCAGUCAGUCUCUUUACCUCAGGGACCUCUUUCCACUCCAGUCAGUCUCUUUACCUCAGGGACCUCUUUCCUCUCCAGUCAGUCUCUUUACCUCAGGGACCUCUUUCCACUCCAGUCAGUCUCUUUACCUCAGGGACCUCUUUCCUCUCCAGUCAGUCUCUUUACCUCAGGGACCUCUUUCCUCUCCAGUCAGUCUCUUUACCUCAGGGACCUCUUUCCUCUCCAGUCAGUCUCUUUACCUCAGGGACCUCUUUCCUCUCCAGUCAGUCUCUUUACCUCAGGGACCUCUUUCCUCUCCAGUCAGUCUCUUUACCUCAGGGACCUCUUUUCUCUCCAGUCUCUUUACCUCAUUUGAGCCCCUUUCCUCUCCAGUCAGUCUCUUUAUCUCAGGGGUCUCUUUCCUCUCCAGUCACUUUAUGUCUGCGCUCUCUUUCCUCUUCAGUCUCUUUAUCUCAGGGGUCUCUUUCCUCUCCAGUCACUUUAUGUCUGCGCUCUCUUUCCUCUUCAGUCUCUUUAUCUCAGGGGUCUCUUUCCUCUCCAGUCACUUUAUGUCUGCGCUCUCUUUCCUCUUCAGUCUCUUUACCUCAGGGGUCUCUUUCCUCUCCAGUCACUUUAUCUCAGGGGUCUCUUUCCUCUUCAGUCUCUUUACCUCAGGGGUCUCUUUCCUCUCCAGUCACUUUAUCUCAGGGGUCUCUUUCCUCUCCAGUCUCUUUACCUCAGGGGUCUCUUUCCUCUCCAGUCACUUUACCUCAGGGGUCUCUUUCCUCUCCAGUCACUUUAUCUCAGGGGUCUCUUUCCUCUCCAGUCACUUUAUCUCAGGGGUCUCUUUCCUCUUCAGUCUCUUUACCUCAGGGGUCUCUUUCCUCUCCAGUCUCUUUACCUCAGAGGUCUCUUUCCUCUCCAGUCUCUUUACCUCAGGGGUCUCAUUCCCUCAGAGGUCUUCUCUCCUCCAGUCUCUCUCUCAAGCUCUGGGAAUCUUUAUCACAUCCCCAGCUGUCUCUCUCCAGCCUGUCUCUAUCCUCUCAGGCUCUCCCUUUCUUGAUACGAUGUCAACCUGUAUCUGCCUCUCAGUCACCGGUGAAAGUAGACACCAGCUUCCCAACCUCAACUAGAGCCUCACACAUACUUAUGGAUUACUGUCCCCGCACUUGGCACCAUCUUGCUUGUGAUUGCAAAUUCACAAAGAGCAAAAUAACGGUCUUCAGAAACAUGGCGGAAAACUAA